AUGGAACCUGUAACUGGAGGUGCCUCGUUCGUGUCGUCGGCUGUCAGCCUCACAAAGACCAUCAUAGGAGCGGGGUUGCUCUCAAUGCCCUUGGCAUACUCCACUGACGGCCUCGUAUUUGGCACAUUCAUCAUCCUUCUCGCGGCAGCUACUUCAGGGUUUGGGUUAUUCUUACAGGCUUAUGUCUCGAGGUUUGUGCCUUCGGGACACGCCACGUUCUUUAGUGUGUGCUCAGCGUCGUACCCCAACUUGUCGGUUGUUUUCGAUUUGGCCAUUGCAAUCCAAUGUUUUGGAUGUGCCUUGUCAUACUUGGUACUUGUGGGAGAUUUAAUGCCAACGAUUAUACAUCGUAUUCCACAUGUCCAGGAAGACAAUCUCCGGACGUUCUGGAUCUUGGCAUCAACCGUGAUCACGGUGCCAUUGGCCAUGUUGAAAAACUUGGACUCGCUAAAGUACACUUCGGUUUUAGGAUUGGUUGCUAUUGCUUAUAUGUCCUUGUUGGUGAUUACUCAUUUCUUGGUAGGAGACGUACCACAGGAGCUUAAAGGCAACUUGUCAUAUUUUCCACCCAAUGUGACUGGAGUCUUCAGCACGUUCUCAAUCAUCGUGUUUGCAUUCACCGGUCACCAGAACAUGUUUUCCAUCAUCAACGAAGCGAAAGACAAGUCUUUGAAGAGCUUGACGGUGUUGGUGAACGUGGCCAUCUUCACAUCUGCAGCCUUGUUCAUCUUUGUGGGGUUGGCUGGAUACUUGACGUUUGGAGACUUGGUCACGGGAAACGUGAUUUUGCUGUAUCCAGCAUCUGUUUCUGCUACUUUGGGGAGAAGCUGCAUUGCAUUCAUGGUGUUAUUCUCCUUCCCGUUGAUGUUGCACCCAGCCCGAAUCUCCGUCAACAACAUAUACUUUUGGUUGAAAACCCGCUACCUCAACGAACCAGUUGAUGAGAAUGGUCCCUUGUUGGCCGAAUCAAAUCCCAAUAUUGCUAGAGAGCCACCGGUGGUACCGCUACCUGAGCCACGAUUCUACACCAUAACCGUGGGCUUGUUAUUGCUCGGGUAUGUGUUGGCAGUUUCGAUCAAGUCGUUUGCGUUGGUGUUGGCAAUUGUCGGUGCUACGGGAUCAACUGCCAUCUCGUUUAUCUUGCCAGGUCUAUUUGGAUACAAAUUGUCAACCAACAACACCAAAGCAGGAGCGGUGUUGAAGGUGUUGUCAUACAUUCUUGUGAUCUGGGGGUUCUGCGUGAUGGUGUUGUGUCUCUACACGAGCUUGUUUUUGAACCCAGCGUAA